GCAAUCUUUGUUGAGCAACAAUGUCGCAGGGGAUUUUGUGCCUCGUUAUUCUGCUGUUUGCCGAUGCAUAUAUGCUUUUGUUAAUAAAGCCGUACGAUGCCCGUUGGAUAUCCUUCAUCUCGCUGGGCGAUGUGAAUGUCCUACUGAAUGUCAGCAAAAUUCGUUUCAUUGGACGAGAGCGCAAGAUGAAUGGAUCACUCACCAUACUGGAAAGCAUGGACGAUGAACAGUAUUCGUUCUACGCUGAGGCAUACAUCGAUACAGCGGGCACUGGCACCUACAAGAAGCUGCCCUACACCAUGCCCAUGACGCCCGCCUGCAAGGGCUUCAAGAUGUAUCUGCCCUACUUUGCGGACAGUGCCAAGGUCGGUGUGAACAUCGAUUUCCCCGUUGACAAUCCGCCAUGUCCCCUGCCAAAGGGAAAAUUUUAUCUGAAGGACAUUCUUCUGAACACAUCCAAGUGGCCUUCCCUGAUGCCACGCGGUUACAUGAAGGGCAUUGCGUACUUCUUCAAGAACGGAGAAAACAUAGGAAUCUACCAGGUGACUACCCAUGUGGUGGAUCGAGAUUAGUCAGGCCCCAAAACAGGAAAGGAAUCGUACGAUCAGUCUGCAGAUUUUGCAGUUUUCCAUAUACCAUUUUGGGUCUGCUAUACCCCCCCGC